AAUUAAUUGAAUGGGACCAUUCGAUGAUCUGCGCCUGCAGUUUUGAAAUAUCGCCAAAGAGUCUGGAAACGAAUGAAAAAAAGAUGGCGGCCGACGAAAGGUGAUUAAUGUUAGCUGCGAACAUUUGGCAAAGAUGCAGGUUUCACAGCCGAACAAUGUCAAAAUUUAUAACUUAUCAGCUGGAAAAUCAUUGCCCGAGUGGCUUUCAGAGCGAAAGAGACGAACUUUGCAAAAGAAUGAUAUCAACGUCAGACGAAGAAUUGAGCUUCUUCAAGAUUUUGAGAUGCCAAUUGCCUCGACCAAUGUAUGCGUUUCUGCAGACAAACAGUACAUUAUGGCUUCAGGUGAGGACUGUUUUUGCGGUAGUAUUUUUACGCACGGCUGCCACAAGUCAGGUUCCUCCAUCGUUGUCAACUGUGUACGAAAUCAGUUGGGAAAUGAAGUCAGUGUAAAUUGUUAUAAAACUAAAAAUUUGUUGCUACCUGAACUUAAAAAACUUGACUACCAAAGUUUGGACAAAGUUCCAGCUGUGACCACACUACUGUUCAGGGAUGGACUUACAAUGGGACUUGGUACCAGUACAGGACAUGUGCUGCUGUAUGAUCUGCGCUCCACGAAUCCGUUAUUGGUAAAAGAUCACCAGUAUGGCCUGCCAAUCAACAGUAUUGCUUUCCAAGACAAGCUGGAUGUUGUGCUAUCUUCUGAUUCAAAGAUUCUUAAGAUCUGGGACAGAGAAACAGUAAGUGUUAUGAUCAUAUUUNCAUCCAUAGAACCAUCCACUGACAUCAAUGAUUUGUGCUUGUAUCCAGAUUCAGGUUUAGUGUUCAUGGCAACUGAAUCGCCCAAAAUGUUGGUUUACUACAUCCCAUCCUUAGGCCCAGCUCCAAGAUGGUGUUCCUUCCUGGAUAACCUGACCGAGGAGUUGGAAGAGGAUGAACAACCAACUGACGAAUCUCUUUUUCAGGCCAAAUCUUUAGCGGAACCUUUUGCAUUUGAAGAAUAUCGCAAGAAACGAAUCCAAGACAAGAUUGAAGAGGAACGCGCUAACAGAGUCAGACUGAAGAAACUUCCAAAAGUGAACCGAAGUUUGGCCGAGAAAUUGAUAGACGAGAAGAAAGACGCGAGAAAAGAGGCGGUCAAAACUUCAGAGGUCAGCAAUCCUUUGGGAGAUGACAGGUUUUCAGCCAUGUUUUCCAACCCUGACUUCCAGGUCGACGAGGAAAGCGAGGUAGGACUGGGACGAGUUGAUUUGCAAUGUUCGACAAAUAGUUUGCAUAUUAGUUAUUUAUUGCCAACGAGCGCCCUUCCGAUCACUAACUGGAGAAUUCGUCUUGCUUUGCAGGAACCAGACGGUCGGCCCAGCGAGGAGGAAGAAUCGAGCAGCUCUGAAGACGAGCGUGAAUGGCGGGCAGAGUUAAAGAGACAGCGACGAGAGACUAAAUCCAACGAAGAAAAACGCGUCCCUAGCAAACCAAAGUUUUACGAACUGAAAUCAGGCGAAAACUUCAGAACCGUGAAGUCGGCCAAAACGGCAUCAGCGUCGAAACAGAAGAAAGUAUCGCUUGGAGAACGUCUUAAACACGAGGAACGUUCCGGGGUCAUCAAAUCAACUGGCUCUACGUUAGGUGAAAAAGAGAUUACUUUCCAGGUGAAAAAGAGUAAUAAAGAGACACAAAGAAACGAAGAGAUCCGUGCUCAUGUCAAAGAAAGAAAACAGCGUCGCCGGUCAGCCAGUAGCGUUCUGGGAAAGGAAAAACGGGGACCAGUGUUUUGGAGAGGAAAAAGAGUUAGAUGACCGAGGAAGAACCUCAGGAAAUAGACUUAUUACUGACGAAGAGGAUCUAGAUUCAUGCAUACAAAAGCAGACAAGUAAUCACUCUAGAGUGUUGAUGCGGCAGUGGAACAUGGAAUGUGCCGGAUUACGGCAUCUGUGAUUGUUCAAAGCAUAUUUAAGAACUGAACAUUUGCAGACACCUCACAGAAUAACGAUGGCAAAACUGCCUCCGUCACUGACUUUGUUUAAGUAUGACUUGAUGGGUUUCUCGCUCCAUGAGAGAGAAUUUGCACCCGAAAUCACAAAGAUCAAAGACUGCAAUCCUGUUGAAGCAUUAGUAUUUUUUUUCUUAUUUUGCCGUUGCUAGUUGCUCCACAACUGCGAACAUUUUAUUUUAUCUGGCACUACGCUACAGAAUCAUUCUUCAGUUUACCCAUCUGCUAUAAUGAAGUAGUUUUCAUUUUGUCGUUCGUCAGUUUAAUUAUACAGGCAUAGUUCUUUAGGUA